AUGUCCGAGCCGAAAACUAUCAGACACGCCAUUAGACCGUUUCUCGUGAUAAAUUUUGUUACUGGUUUGGGAUGUUACGAGCUAAAGGAGAAACAACGGUUUAAGAACUGGAUCAAUAUCGCGUAUCCUACGAGCUUCGUGAUCACUUUCAACUUUCUAGUCUACUACACAAACUCGUACUUCUGCAACUACCUGUACGAUAUAUUCGGCCUUUAUAAAUCAAUAUUCUGGAUGAUCUUCUACUGCCACAUGAUCCUGAUGACCUUGCUGAUAAUUACAGCAAACAUGAAAAUACAGAUUCGUAUGUACGGAAUCCUUGUGCUAAUUCUUCUGGGAUCCUUGGCGACGACUUACUGGUGGCAAAUGGGGAUAAUCGCGCCGUCGAUGGUGAAAUUUUUAAUCGCAGCCUCUCUGUCCAUUCCAGUGGCCCUCAUAGGAGUCUCCAAUCUGUCUUUCAUCUUCUGGAUCAGUUACACGAGAAUGAAGUUCCAUCAACUGAACAAUCUGCUCCGAGCCAUGUUGGCCAACACGCCAAACUCACCGAUGCACAAGAGAAUCGUCAAGAUGAUACACGAUUACGACGGGAAGACGUUCAAAAACGAAUCGAUCCGCGGUGUCAACAGAAACGCGAACAUGAUGAGGGCGGUAAAACAAAUUCACCUGGAGCUGAUCAAGAUCUCGAGAAUCAUGAACGACUUCUACGGAAUACAGGUCCUCCUGACGAUGUUCAUUUCCCUCCUCUUGAUCACCUGCCUUUUGUACGUCACUUACAGAAUCAUAUGGCUCACUUUACCCGCCGAUCAGUUUCUGCAACAUAUAGGUCCUCUGCUCUUCUGGUUGGUCCUCUACAUGUUGAAGGUGUUCAUCACGAACAACGAGUGCACCAAAACGUCCGCCGAGGCAGCUGACACUGGCGAUCUAAUUUGCGAGCUUUACGAGCCAUCGACCACCAAAGGAUUUCGAGCAGAGAUUCGACACUUCACCCUGCAAAUGAUCCAGAACCCGUUAGUCUUUACAGCCUGCGGAUUUUUUGACAUGGAUCACACAUUUAUCCAAGGAGUUGUCGGAACGAUCACCACGUAUCUCGUGAUUCUAAUCCAGGUGGGUGAUAUUAGUCCAUACGGUGACGGAAGCUCAACGGCGAAUGCAACCAGUAAUGCGACCGUAUUGUCAAUUGUUUACUAA